AGUCUUGCUACGGGAUACGUGGCCGAAGCCAGCGGGGCAGAAAUCCGUGCAACCUGUUCCGAUCCCAAAUUGCAUUUUCGAGGGAAGACUUUUCAGUAGAUUUUCCACAAUGGUGCUCCUCGCGGCUGCCAUCUGUACCAAGAGUGGUAAGGCCCUCCUCUCCCGACAGUUCGUGGAGAUGACCCGGGCACGCAUCGAGGGCCUCUUAGCGGCCUUCCCUAAGCUCAUGAACACGGGCAAGCAGCACACCUUUGUGGAGACGGAGAGCGUCCGCUACGUCUACCAGCCCCUGGAGAAGCUGUACAUGCUGCUGAUCACCACCAAGACGAGCAACAUCCUGGAGGAUCUGGAAACCCUGAGGCUAUUCUCAAGAGUGAUCCCUGAGUACUGUCGUGCCAUGGAAGAAUCCGAGAUCCUGGACCACUCCUUUGAGGUCAUCUUUGCGUUUGACGAGAUUGUGGCCCUGGGCUAUCGGGAGAACGUCAACCUGGCCCAAAUUCGUACCUUCACCGAGAUGGACUCCCACGAAGAGAAGGUGUUCCAGGCCGUCAGACAGACCCAAGAGCGGGAAGCUAAGCAAGAGAUGCAGCGCCGGGCCAAGGAGCUGCAGCGUAGCCGCCGGGAGGCGGAGAAGAGCGGUCGUAGGGGCAUGGGCUUCAGCGGCGGCUUUGGGUCGUCCUCACGAGGCAGCGACAUCACUCCCGUCGUGUCAGACCUUCCUGUGGAGAAACCUAGGCCCUCGGCUGCCCCAUCAAAGCCGAGUGGCACAGGCAAAGCCAUGAAGCUGAGCAGUAAGACCAAGGACGUGGACAGCUUCGUCAGUAAGCUACGCACAGAGGGCCAGGACGUCAUCUCAUCCACAAAGUCGUCCAAACAGUCUGCGAACAUUGCCAAGACCACCACACCAGCAAGCAAAAAAGAAGGGGUCCACUUGCGUAUUGAGGAGAAGAUGUCCCUGACGGCUGGCCGGGAAGGAGGUUUACAGAGCCUGGAUAUCCAUGGGCUGAUCGCCCUGAAUAUCAGUGACAAGAGCGAGCAGGCGGGCCGCAUUAAAGUCGGCAUUGCAAACAACGACGACAAAGGAGCACAGUUACUGACUCAUCCGAACGUAGACAAGAAACUCUUCCAGUCUGAGUCUUACAUCAGCAUGAAGAAUCCAGCCAAGCCCUUCCCACUGAACACUGAUGUUGGCGUCUUGAAAUGGAGACUAACCUCCCAGGACGAAAGCCUCAUGCCUCUGUCAAUUAACUGCUGGCCGUCUGAAAACAAUAAGAAUGGAUGUGACGUCAACAUAGAGUACGAAUUGCAGCAGGAAGACAUGGAGCUGCAGGAUGUAAUCAUCACCAUUCCAUUAAUGUCUGGUUCUGGCGCCCCCAUCGUCGGCGAGAUAGACGGCAAUUCCCGCUACGACCACCGCCGCAGCGUCCUGGAGUGGACACUGCCAGUCAUCGACGCCAGCAACAAGACCGGCAGCCUGGAGUUCAGCGUCGGGGGCCACCCGGACGACUUCUUCCCUGUCACGGUCGGUUUCAUCUCACGGAAGUCUUACUGUGACAUCCAGGUUACGGAUGUACUAAUGCUGGACAGCGAGCAGCCUGUCAAGUUCUCCACGGACGCCGCUGUGCUCGUGGAAAAAUAUGAAAUCGUGUGAAGAUUUUAGGACCAGCGCAUUCUUAUUAAAACAAACUUAAUAUCAUUGUCUGCAAGGAGACCAAGUCCUCAACAAACCUUUUUAUUACCAAGACCAGAACAGUAACAUGAGUUUGGGGGCAGUUCCACAAUGUUGGCUCAAGGUAUUCAAAGUGUUGCAUUGGUAGAGGUAACGGCACCAUAAACAACUUUUGUUCGUGCCGUUAACUCUAGCUUCACAGACAUCCUCGGCAGCCGGAUUAUUGAGUAAACAAAUUUUUGCAACCUUGCAAUCCAUGGUGCUCCUCGCUUGGUGCAUCAUCACAGGUGAGAAACAUUAUGCACAGCUGUUCAUGAUUUGUGGCAUGAACGUACGGUGGCUUCAGGUAAUCCAAUAUGUCAGUUUGGUAUUUCAAAACAGGCAAUGUCAUUCGUGAACGUGGCACCUGAUGUCAUCCCAUUUCAAACAUAUUCAGUGUAGGCGAGUUGAGGCCCCACUUAGAGAGGGCCAACCUCAUCCUCCAGUGCAAGAAACACAGUGUGCUCAUAAGUCAUGCAAAAAUAUGGAGUACAUGUACUUGUGACUUUCAUCUGAAUGUGCACAAACUCACAAAAGUGUUUUUUUUUUGGCAGCCAGUUGUCCGUGGAACGUUGCAUUUGCGGGCUGAGCUUUAGUAAUGUGGAACUUGCUUUUUGAAUUUCCAGGCAUGGCCAUCAAAACAAGGAUUUCCUUCUAGUUGUGACUGUCUUGCGUAACAAAAGGGUUGAUACAUCUUCGUAAAAUAAUUGAUUCUGACGAUCCUUCCAGUCUUGCCUGUGCAUGCAUAAAGACUGGUCUUUACCAAAUGCCAUUGAAACUGUGAAACAGUCGAGGAGUAACACAUUGUACACAUUUAUGUUGGUGUUACAGACCGGUUUUGUGUUUUCUGUAGCCACAAAAUCACAGAAAGUUACACCAGGGUCUUAAGUGAAAGCAUUUGUUAUAGGGGAAGGGACUACAAAAAUUAAAUGACGUUGAGAAAUAUUUGGACGAUAGAUUGUCGGGGCAGAAAUCCAUUCAGGAAGAUUUGGGGAAAGUGCAGAUUUUCUUUUGCUGGCAUUAUUUUGAAAAAAAAAUUGCUCUUCAUUAACAAAAUGUUAAAGGCAUUUUUUGAAGGAGUCGUCGCUGGGAUGAAAGUGGGAGACUUACAGCUGUUGUCACAUCUUUAGAUCAUCCCUGCAUUCACAGCUAGGACCAUCACAGUUACUUGUAGCUUUGUUUUUAAUCUGUGAACCCGGAGAGCAUUUUGUGAAAUCUGAAGGGGAAACAAACAGGGGAAUUGGCAGGCAUUUGACCAGUUACGGUGCGGAAAGAAUCAACUAUUUUAUGAGCCAAUGUGUACAAAACAACUGUCAUAAAUUCUAAAUUUUGUAUAAUAUAUCAUGAUAUUAAUGUUAGGUGAGAAGCCAUUCAUUCAUUAUUCAAACACCAGUUUCCUACAUAAGCUGUUUGCCUUAUUUAAUUUUUAUUUCCUUUUUGAAAAGUACUUCAGUUCGUAACGGCUUUUUUUGGGUUCAGUACAUCUGUGGCUCAACCAAUGUGCAAAGAUUGUAGACCCAAUGGACUAUUAGACUGAUUUAGUAUUGAUUUCACUUAAAGAAAAAUAAAUCUGAAUGGAAUGCACCGUAGACCAACUCAAAGUGAAGGCACAUUGGUUUCGAGGGCUCCAUUCAGCCUAACACCAACCUUGCAUUUUAUUGAAAUUGAAUUGUUGGCGAGUGUUAGUGGACAAUACACACAUACUUCAAUGUAUUCAGUCCAGAAUUUCAUCUCCGGUCACUAGUGUCAAGACUCCUUUACCUCGCAAAACAUGACAACCGGUACUUUAAAAUUUGUCCAGUAAAUGUAAAAAGUUGCCAGUUAUUUGGCAGUCAUUAGAGGCUUGUUGUAACAUGGGUGCCGAACGGUCUCUGGUGCCCUAACUUGUUACAUUGCAGGUGUUUUUUUUGGAUUUGAACUCUCCAGACUUGUAUUAUAAUUUGUUUAAAGCCCAUGCAUGAGCCUUGGGCUGGCAAUGGCUGGACAGAGCAAGCACAUCAUUUGGGAAAAAUGCAGAGGCAGUGGCUUAUUAAGAUUCUGUUUUAGUGUCAUUGCAGUCCUUCGCCCCUUCAUACAUCUUGACCUCUAAAUGCAAGAAUUGGAUACAGCCACAGUCUGGUGAAGUGAAGAGCUUGUACAGUGUAAGUGCGCAUGACUCAGUCCUCCAGGUACCAGGUUAACUAGACAUUCCAACCCAGAGAAAUAAAAACACUUGUACCUCUGAUGAUCCCACUUCCAUGAAAGGGCUGUCGCAUCUCACUACUAAGGGCGAGUUCAAUCAAGAACCACUUGUUAACUAGAGUUUGGUUCAUGAUGUACCUAGCGCAUGUGCAGUGAAGUUGAAGCACGAAUGACCCUAGUCAACCAUUGUCAGGUCAUUAGGCCGAAGGGGGAAAAGGUGACCGCAGGAAGGGCAAAAUAGCAAAAAUAAAAGUGAAAAUGGUCAUUUACUGGUGACAUAUUGUUUUUCGACAUUUUCUCUCUGCACAGUGCUAUUAAAACGGUUUACGGUAACCAACGAUGCAACCAAUCCCAAUAAGCUUGUUGUGAAUAGCCAACUGGACUAGUCCAACCAUCAUCAACUAGCAUACGUUUGAUCAGAGUUAGUUGAACCAUGGUUAACUAUGGUCCUUGAAUUUAACUUGCCCUAGGCUGUUACAAUCCAAAGUAUGCAUAUGUGUGAUUUUGACGAGCUCAUCUACAAGGAACUGUUAAUAAAUCCACAGCUAGUAACAUGAA